AUGAGUACGAUAAGUAACGAGAGUAGUGAUGAUCUACCAAAAUUUGUACUAUAUGGAAAUCGUUUCUAUCGUUCGAUUGGGAUUUCUGUGGAUGAUUUAGAUCCCGAAGGAGCUUUAUAUACCUAUUUAUUUAGUUUUGAAGAGGAUGAUGAAAAUUCGCAUCAACACAAUACACUUGAAUCAUCAACAACUUCGGAUCCAUUAUUGAAUGCUACGGCAAAUUCUACAAAUGCCAAUACAGAUGUUACCACAUUACGAAAUGAUGAAGAAAGUGAGGAGGAUGAUGUUGAUGAAGAUAUGUCUGCUGGAGGUGGAGCAGAAUUAAGUUCUCAUCAAACUCCUAAUAUUAUACAACCUCCAAAGAGAGAUGGACAUGAAUUUGAUAUGCUACAAUCAAUUUAUCAAGUUACAGGCCAAUUAUUAGCAAGUGCUGAAGAGAGAAGAGUAAUUAUUACCUAUGUCUUGUGGUUUAUUAAUUUAUCUUUGAAAAACGAAGAAUCAGAAAGAAAAAAGAUUGCCAGCUCAAUUAAGAGGACUGAAUUGGAACAAAAUUUGAUUGAUAUUGGUUUUAAGGAACAAUCAUCAAUUUACAAACAUGUUAAACAUAUUUAUGAAUAA